AUGAAAUGUGGUAGAGAUGGACUGGUUCAACAUGCUAAGAAACAAAAAACUUGUAAUGAAAAAGAUACACAGGUGAUCGAAACACAUGUUCCAUUGCAUAUUUUAGAAAUAGAUGAUAAGUUUAAUUUAUCAAAAGAACAGUAUAUUGACUGGCCAUGUCUGGUUAAUAAGACUCUUGCAAAUAAUGCAUUGGCAACAUUCCGUGAUAAUAUUAGUUGUGAUUCACUUAGAGAGUUACCUUGUGCAAUUUGCUCUGGGCUAUUUCUGUGUGAACAUUUAACUACUGUUGCUGUACAAGAAAUAUACUUACCAUUACUCAAAACUAAUGAGUAUCUUAAAAGUCCAUUUUUUGAAAAUGAUUUUGUAUAUGGACAUCCAUAUAUAGAUAGAAGUGGUUAUAAGGUUUUAUUGGAUAGAAAUGGAUUUGUUAAAAAAAAUAUGAUUAAUGAUAAAAAUCUAUUUGAUCUUCAAGUAUGUAAAAGUUGUAAGCGAUCAUUGGAUACUGAGAAUACUCCUAUACUUUUGUUAGCAAAUAUGUGGACUGGAACAACUCCACAAUGUCUUCAGGUGUUAACGAUACUAGAGCAACUUCUGAUAUCUGCUGGCUAUAUAUGUAUAAAUCUUAUUCAACUUACUAAUCGAAAAUAUAUAUAUCAUAAACUAAAGGGUCAUGUGAUUACAUUUACGCAGAACCCAGCUUCCCUUUCUAUGGUCUUGCCCUUACCUGCUUAUCAGUUGUAUGAUUAUCUUAAAGUUAUAUUUGUUAAACAAGAAAAACUAUUGCAAGAACAAUUAAGAAAAAUAUUAUGUAUUGGUGGUCAUGAGGACAAUUUUUGCAAACAACACAUAUCGUUCAAACAAUAUGCUAAACAUCUGUUGCACCUUAGUGAUCCUAAAUUUAGGUUUCAUUGCUCAUUUAUUUUUGCUGUGUUUGAUAUAUUACGAAAAAGAGAAAUUGCAUUUGGUGCACACUUAAUAACAAAGCAAGCUAAUUUUGAACAAUUGGCUAAAUUAAUCUUAAAACUUACAAUAAAUAAUAUAAAAAUUGCGAUUAAACAAGAACAGAAUAAGCAACCGAUAAUGAAUAAAGCAGUUCUUGAGUUAUUAAAAAACAUAAAUCUAGUUGACCUUCACAGUCCAAUCGUAAUGAUGUAUACAGGAAAGGAAAUCGAUAUUAAUAAUUUGGUUCCUGAGAGUUUUUCAACUGCAAAAGAAAGAGCUAGAUUAGCACACCUUGAUCUGACUGCAGUAGCGAAAUAUUUUGAUAUUAUGAUAGAAAAAAUAAUCAAAUAUAUUCUUGCUUAUAAAAAACCUGAAGGUGGUGUAUUAGGUGAAAUUAAAAAUUACUAUGAAGUAGUAGAAUACCAAGAUUAUGGAACACCUUAUUGUUAUAUAUUAAUAUGGCUUCAAGGUACUCUUAACUCUAUUGAACUACAGAAUCGUCUCAAAUUUAAAGAUUUUAGAGACUGGUUAAUGGUUUAUAUAAAUGAAAACAUAAAAAAAAAUAUCAGUUAUCUUUUUCCAGAUGAGGAAAAUGCAUUUAUCGAUUUUUCCUAUUCCAAACCCACAAUCUCAGACUUUGAAAAAAAAUUUCGUCUUGAUAUUCUUAGAAUUGCAAAACAUAUCCUAUUUCAUAGGUAUACUAAAUCAUCUAGUUGUUGUGGAAAUAAUGACAUCAAAUUUAUUGCAACCACCAAAUUAGCACUUGCAUAUAUUCACUAUAUUACAGAUUAUAUAACAAAAUCUGAUACAAACAUUUAUAAUUCAUUUCUUAUGUAUGCUGUAACCCUAAAUAAUUUUAUUGCUAAAGUAUCAAAUUCGAAUGAAUAUGUAUCAAGAUCACAAAAACUCGUUACAAUAUGUCUCAACAAAAUUGUAGGACAAUCAAAAAUUACUAGCCCUCAAGUAUUAGCUUAUCUCUUAGGUUUUAAAGAUCACUAUACCCUGAACAAAUUUGUUAUGAUAUACCUUGAUUCUUUUGAGACAUAUCUGACAUCACAGUAUCCAAUCAAAAAUUUGUCUGAGUUAACACUUUUAGAAGAUUCGGACACUGAUAGUGAAGAUGAACUGGUUCAAGAUGAUAAUGAACAUGAUCUUACCAAUAAUGAAAUGUUUACAAUAAUAAACUCGGGUAGACAAAUAAAUGCAACAACUGUAUAUGAACUAAUAACUGAAUACAAUUCAUGGCAUGAAGCAUGUGAUGCUUUUUUACAAGAUCCAAAUUUAUCAGCUCGGUUACAAUUUAUAAUUAACAAUAUUGAACUCUUACAUCGAUGUAUUGAAGAAAUGAUUCUAGACUGUCAAUUACGUCAAAUGGCCUAUAAAAACCCAGAAAUCACGAAAAUCCAACGAAUAGAACAAUUUAUAACAGGUUAUGACAAUACUGGUGAUGCAAACAUAUUAAUAUUCAAUGAUCAAAGUAACUUUAAUACUGAUAACUUAACUUUAUUAAGCCCAUAUAAUAUUAUACAUUCAGGACUACAUAAUACAAAUUUUGCUGAAAUCCUAUAUUAUAAUCAAGAUGAACAAACCCGAUUCUCUAGUAUACAUGACGAUCAACUUAUUAAAACAUGGCAAGAAAUUACAACAUUAAGAAAGAGAAUAGAGCAAGUAAAUAAUAUUAAUUCUGAAAACUGCCACCUUGCAAAAUUCUUGCCUCAUCCAUCUUAUCAAAGACCAACUAAUUUACUUCAAGAAAUUUCAAUUAACCUUAAUGAUGAACAAAAAAAAGCAUUCUUGCUUAUUUGUAAUCAUCGUGAAAAAAACUAUUCUAAUAAUCCUAACAAACCACCUCAAUUACUGAUGUAUUUGGGUGAUGCCGGAGGCACAGAAAAAUCAAAGGUUAUCGAAGCUAUUACUAAAUACUUUGACUGA